GUUCUCUACAAAAAGGGGUGUGAGCUCCAUGGGAAAGACAACACUUGACAACGAACUCGCAGCAAUUUUGUAGAGAACCUGCUUCCACCCAUAAUCCAUUCUCCUAGUGCACGGGAAGCAGUGGGAUGGCCAGCGUGCAGACCUUCCACAGGUUGCACUGUGCGUGUGGCAGGCAAUGCGCAAGGCGCAAUGGAUCCUCGGUGGCUAGGCGCGACAAGUUCUAUCUGAACUGUGUCAAUUACAAUGUACAAGGUGCCAGGUUUUGCGAAGUGUACCUCUGGGAGGAUGACCUCGACAGGUACACGAACCAGCGUUACCAAUCUGCUGUUGAUCUUGCCAACUACCACAAGACUCGUCACGAGAGGUACGAGGAGAAGCUGAACAAGGUUUAUGAAGAGCUCAAGGAGGCAUAUGCUGAGAUAAGGAAGCUCAAGAGGACGAACAAGGCACUCCAGAUGGCUUUAGUGGCUACUGCACCAGUGGCUGCAAUCGUAGCGAUCACGUCUGCAUGGGUGGCUAAGUGAGACGGAUGUCAUUGACCUAGAGAUUUGGUGGCCCAUACACCAUCUAUUUGUAUCUUAGUGCUUUUUAAGUGUCCACUUGUUAGGAGCUUGGAAGUUUUGUUUCCUACUAAAAGCUCAGUGCCUGAUGUAGUGUAUCAAGCAGUGGUAGCAGUUGUCAGUCGGCAAUUUAUAUAUCACUGUACUAUUUCAUUUCAGAAUGGAUUAGUAAGCAUUAUCCACGUGUUUGAAAAAAAAAUCCUAAUAAUUCAGUA